CCUCAACAAGAUGCUGCGGUCCUGCGUCAAACACCUUUCUGACAUCACAUCCGGUUUGUCCCGCGUGCAUCAAGGCCAUGACGGAUGAUGGUGAUGGCAGACAAAGGCUGGAUGAGUCCAGGUGAGAGAGAGCAAAGCCAGGCCGAUGGGGGUUAACCUGGUGAUACCUUCAAGGACCCCGGGGGAAAACAGAUAAGACGGUCACAGCUGCACGUCACACUGGAGCAAGUUUGGAAUAAAAGUCUUCAGUGGCUGAGACAUUGGGAAGCUCGGAUUGACAGACGGUUUGUAAAGAUCUGAGCUGAUUCACAGGCACAGAUGAGCUGGACUGGUUUUUCCACCGCAGGCUGACUUCAGAUUUCUUCUUUGGUUGAUUUUGUUUGCCGACGUUUGUUUUGCGUGACUAUGCCGAUGAAACGCAGCAGUGAGAGUUCAGCCAGGGACGGAGUGUUUCUCAUUCACUCUCUAACCAAGACUUUGUGCAGCUCGCCGGAAGAAACAGACUUCGACAAACAGACACAUUUCCAUCAGGAGGAUGACUCUGGCAUCAAAUCAGAGGCAGAGGACAGUAAUGAGACACCGUCCUCUGAGGAGGACCAGGACCUGGUGGACUUCAACCCAGACCUGACCAUCAAACAGAGCAUCUCGUCCUCUAGGAAGACCAUCAGUCAGAUCAUCAAGGACAAGAAGAAACAGACACAGCUCACCCUGCAGUGGCUGGAGGAGAAUUAUAUAGUCUGUGAAGGAGUGUGUCUGCCGCGAUGUAUCCUCUAUGCUCACUACCUGGACUUCUGCAGGAAAGAGAAACUGGAGCCGGCCUGUGCUGCUACGUUUGGAAAGACGAUUCGACAGAAGUUUCCUCUUCUAACAACAAGAAGACUCGGCACCAGAGGACACUCCAAAUAUCAUUACUAUGGGAUUGGCAUCAAAGAGAGCAGCGCUUAUUAUCACUCUGUGUAUUCUGGGAAAGGUUUGACGAGAUUCUCAGGAAGUAAGCUCAAGAAUGAGGGAGGCUUCACCAGGAAAUACUCUUUGAGCUCUAAAACUGGGACGCUGCUUCCAGACUUCCCCAACGCUCAACACCUCCUGCUGCAGGGAAACAUCUCCAGAGAAAAGGUGGACACUCUGAUCAUGAUGUAUAAAACACAUUGCCAGUGCAUCCUGGAUAAUGCCAUUAACGUCAACUUUGAGGAGAUCCAGAACUUUCUGCUCCAUUUCUGGCAGGGAAUGCCCGACCACCUGCUGCCGCUGCUGGAGAACCCCGUUAUCGUCGACAUCUUCUGCGUCUGUGACUCCAUCCUGUAUAAGGUUCUAACAGACGUUCUGAUUCCUGCCACGAUGCAGGAGAUGCCUGAAAGUCUGUUGGCAGAUAUCCGAAACUUUGCCAAACACUGGGAGCACUGGCUCGCCUCCUCGCUGGAGAACCUCCCGGAAUGCCUCGCGGCUAAGAAACUCCCCAUCGCACGGCACUUUGUUUCCUCCCUGAAGAGGCAGACGUCGUUCUUACACCUGGCACAGAUAGCCCGCCCGGCGCUGUUUGACCAGGCGGUAGUGACCAGCAUGGUGUUGGAUAUCGACAAUGUGGAUCUCAGCAGCAUCAGCUCGCAGCCUCUGCUCAGCAUGAACGCUGCCGGAGACCAGGACCCGGACAUCUACUCCGAGUACGACUCCGUCACCGUCUUCCAGGAGCUGAAGGAGCUGCUGAGAAAGAACGCCACAGUGGAGUCCUUCAUCGAGUGGCUGGACUCUGUCGUGGAGCAUAAGGUCAUCAAGCCCGGGAAGCAGAGCGGUCGGUCGGUGAAGAAGCGAGCUCAGGAUUUCCUCCUCAGGUGGAGUUUCUUCGGUGCCCGAGUGAUGCACAACCUCACGCUCAACAACGCAACCAGCUUCGGUUCCUUCCACCUGAUCCGGAUGCUGUUAGAUGAAUACAUCCUGCUGGCUCUGGAGACUCAGUUCAACAACGACAAGGAGCAGGACCUGCAGAACCUUCUGGACAAAUACAUGAAAAAUGCAGAUGCCAGCAAAGCGGCGUUCAUGGCCUCUCCCAGUUCCUGUUUCUUAGCUAAUCGCAACAAGGCCAGCGCUGCCAUCGACCAAUCAGUGAAGAACGAGUCACUGGGAGAACACGCCUACAUGUCUCUGUCCACCAAUCAGCAGCAAAGUCUGGAGACGACCACCGUCAUCUAUCAGGGGACAGAGUCUGCGGGGUUCACAGGUGGUCAGCUGGACUUCUCUCAGGUCAGCGGGCCCCUCAUGACGCCCCCUAUCUCUCCGGCAGCGUUAGUGCACCGAGGCUCCGUCAUCAACCAGGGGCCGAUGACGGGGGGAGGGAGACCCCUGAUAUCUUCAUCUUCCUCCACCGCCUGCUCCUCCUCCUCUUCCUCCUGCCUGUCCUCCAUCAGCGCCAUGACCCAGCCCACCUCCAGCGCCUCAUACCCAGAGACCCUGUACCACUGCUUACCUCAGACCAGCUCUGGUUACUUCACACCAGGCAGCGGCUCCUCGGCGUCAAACUACCAGCCUGCACUCAGGCCUCAGACUCAGAACCAGUGUCUGGCGUCGGUCCAGUCUCCGGCUCCAUCGCUGGCCUAUCAUCUCUCCCGGUACCCCUCCUUCAACGACCAGCACCUGACUAAAGACGUGUUCUACACUCACCAUCACUCCUCCAACACCUCUAACUGCUCCCUGACACCUUACGGCUCCGCAGUCCGACCCACGUCCGGCUACAGCUCCGGCACGGAUCCAGUUCAGACCGAGCAGGGACUGGACGCUCAGACGGCGGCUCAGAUUCUGGACUCGGCAGAGGGGUUCAGCUUUGUGGGGGCUGGACUGAACCCAACGGGUGGUGGAUGUCAGGGACAGACGUACUCUGCUGCAGGACACAGCGGUUACUAUGGCAACAGCAGUUACCUGGACAGCCAGCGCAUGACAUCACUGGUUGACCAGCACGUGUCCGUCAUCAGCACCGUGGGCAGCCUGCGCCCGUUCCCGUCGACGUACUCCGAAGUCCACGAUCCGCUCAACAUCCUGGACGAACCGGGGAGGAAAACCACCGGAGCGUAUUUCACCGAGGCCGAACCCGGAGCAGAUCAUUCCCUGCCCUCGUCGGGAUCGGCUCCCUGCAUGUUCGGCGUUCCCUCUCCGUUCACCUCGCAGGACGCUUUGCUCUCUCAGCAGCGAGUGCCGUCGUCCUCAGAGAUGCAGGACCUGGUGUCUUCGCUGCCUCCCAUCAAUACCGUCUUCAUGGGAGCAGGAGGAGUGCAAUGACGCUGGAAAAAACACAGAUCUACUAAUGGAGGAUCUUUGGAGUCCGGUCCCCAUCAGAGCAUCCCAUUUCGUUUGAGCGUGUAAGAUGUCCAGUACAAAUGAGAACCUCCAAACUGUAAGGUACAGUAUGAAUAUUAGCUAAGGAGGCCAGGACACUUUGAAUAUAGACAAAUAUAGAAAGACUUUUUAACUUAGAAAGAGCUGCCAAAUGUUUUAUCACCUACGUUAUUAUAAAACAAGAUCGAGAAGAGCAAAGAAAAGAUAUUUAUUUGUGCUAAAACGUGGAUUCUUACUUAAAAACAUACAAACUAUGACUCUGAUGCAGAUUUUUAUUUAUCAUAUAUUUCCAGUGCUUUUGUCCCUUAAUCAUGUCUGAGGACUUCCAUUUCUUCUGAGUGCAAAUUGUAAAUAAAUCUUCGUUAGUCACCAUGGUGUUCAGUUCAUUGAGGUUGGAUAUUAGUUUCUUAGUUAGACACUUGAUGAGGUUUGAUCCACGUUUGCUG